AUGCAAGGGGACGUCCUCCCAGUGUCCCAGCAGGGGGACGCCCCCGCCGCCCCUGCACCCAGUGUCGGCUCCAGCCCAGGGGACCCCGUGGAUGUGGAGUGCCCCAUCUGCUACCAGGACUACAACCAGUACAAUAAAUGCCCCCGGAUGCUCGACUGCCUCCACGUUUUUUGCACAGAGUGCCUCCAGAGGAUCCAGCUCAGACCCUGCGACCCCUUCGACUCCCGCAGCGCACCGGCCAUCCCCUGCCCCCUCUGCCGUCACCUCACCCCUCUAGAAACCGGGGACGCCCUCACCUUACCCUGCAGCUCCCUCAUCCUGUCCAGGCUGCCCUGCGGGGCCUUCCACAUGCCGGCCAACGUGGCCGCCCGUCUGGCCACGGUCACGCAGAGGGUGGUUCUGUCCCUGGAGGGGGACGGCAGGGACGCCCGCUUCAUCAUCCUCCCCACCGUCAGCCUGCGGGUGCAGCAGAUGCACGGUGACAGGCCGCACGGUGCAGCGGCGCCGGGCCCGCUGGGGGAGGAAGGGGUUAUAGAGCAGAGCAAGAGGACGCUGCUCUGCGUGCAGUUGCUGGCCGUCAUCUUCUGGGUGCUGUUUGUGAUCACGUGCGUGGUCGGCGUGGUGUUUGGGCCACAUUUCUUCAACAGGAAAUUCUAA